AUGUCUCUCUCUCUCUUCACAUCUGCCUGCACCACUCCCCGUCUCUCUUCACAUCUGCCUGCACCACUCCCCCGUCUCACACAUCUUUCUGCACCUCCCCGUCUCUCUACACAUCUUCUUGCAUCACCCCCGUCUCUCUACACAUCUUCUUGCAUCACUCCCCCUCUCUCUACACAUCUUCUUGCAUCCUCCCUGUCUCUCUACACAUCUUCUUGCAUCACUCCCCGUCUCUCUACACAUCUUCUUGCAUCACUCCCCCGUCUCUCUACACAUCUUCUUGCAUCCUCCCCGUCUCUCACACAUCUUCUUGCAUCACUCCCGUCUCUCUACACAUCUUCUUGCAUCACCCCGUCUCUCUACACAUCUUCUUGCAUCACCCCGUCUCUCUCUACACAUCUUCUUGCAUCACUCCCUGUCUCUACACAUCUUCUUGCAUCACUCCCCGUCUCUCUACCCACAUCUUCUUGCAUCACUCCCCGUCUCUCUACACAUCUUCUUGCAUCACUCCCCGUCUCUACACAUCUUCUUGCAUCACCCCUGUCUCUCUACACAUCUUCUUGCAUCACUCCCCGUCUCUCUACACAUCUUCUUGCAUCACUCCCGUCUCUCUACACAUCUUCUUGCAUCACUCCCGUCUCUCUCUCUUCACAUCUUCUUCUUGCAUCACUCCCCGUCUCUCUACACAUCUUCUUGCAUCACUCCCCGUCUCUCUACACAUCUUCUUGCAUCACUCCCCGUCUCUCUACACAUCUUCUUGCAUCACUCCCCGUCUCUCUACACAUCUUCUUGCAUCACUCCCCGUCUCUCUACACAUCUUCUUGCAUCACUCCCUGUCUCUCUACACAUCUUCUUGCAUCACUCCCUUCCUUGUCUCUCUACACAUCAUCUUGCAUUAUUCCCUGUCUUUCUCUAUAUCUGCCUACAUCUCUCUUCAUAUCUAACAAGAAAUCACUAUAUAAAUUGCACCACAAGUGUUUACCUCAAUAUGUAUGUCUACAUUUCAUUCUAUCUCACAUCAUACCUACCUGCAUCUCUUCCAGUCUUUCCAUAUCUUACAACCUUCCUGGUCUUUUCAUAUCUAAAUCCCUAUCCUUCUCUCCUCACAUCUAUCUAACACUCCACUCCGUCUUUCUAUUUCUAAAUUCAUCUCUCCUUAUAUUUAUCUACACCACUCCACAGUUUUUUUCCAAAUCUACAGCCAUCCCUACCCAUAUUUAUCUGAGUUUUCCACAUCCCCUCCUGCCAUCUACAUCUCUCAUAUAUAUCUACAUCUCUCCCAGUUUUUUUUUCAUAUCUACCUCCCUCCCUCCUCAUAUCUAUCUAAAUCUCACUUUUACAUAUCACCCCAUAAAUUGUAGCAAAAAGUUCAAUCUUAAUAUACUGGGCUUCUAUCCUAUCCAUACACACUAUCCUUGUCAAACAACCAAUUUUCAACGGUGUUAA